AUGCGCCAGCACUUGACGAAGACGCCAAACAUGGAGCGGGGUCUUCAGAUGUAUCCGGACUGGAAGAUCAAGAAGGUGCCCAUGCGGGUCUACUUAUUGUGGCGGGCCAACUGGGGUGGCGUACUUCCCGGCAAGAAGCACAAUGUUGGCCCUCUGGUAUACAGGAGCAAGUACAAGUGA